UGGGGUUCUGGGUGGUAUCCAACGCGUUGACAUUCGGAUGUUUGCCUGGAGGUACACUUCCAAACAGCUCACUGACAUUACAAAAGACAUGCUCGCUGUGGCUGUUAUCAUCUCUGCCGUGGACCCGGAGCAGGUCACGUCUUUUGCUAUUCGAUCCUUGGUCCAGGAGCAGUACGGCCUACUUCCAGCGGCAGAGCAACAGAAGAUUUUGAAGACAAUCUUAGAUGCGAAAAAGGAAGCACAGGAUACAGGUGAAUACGCCGAUCCCAUAUUAGACCUCAACUUUGUCCAUUUAGAAUGAAAU